AGGGAGGGCAGGUUGUGGGGGGCGUGUGUUCCUCUUGCACAAGCGCUCCCAUGUUGCGUAGUCUGGAAACCUGACGUGGUGAGCAGCCGAGCGGUGAGUGUCAGAGUUGCGGCAGGGCAGAUCAGAAAGUGCCUGUGGCCGAGCUCCCCCUUGCUCGCGCACUCCUCUCCGCACCGACGGGGUCGCACGAGCCUGGCGACACGCUCCGACACCGUUCGGCUGGCCGCGGGUGACCCGAGGAUCCCACUUUGACGAACAGACUCGGGCUCCGCUGGCAGGAAAGGUGCAACUAAACUACAUUCAUUGACUUGAGAGCGAUGCACUGGCAGCAUGGCCAAGUGGUUCAAGGAGCACCUAGGAUUCAAAACUACCAAAGCACCCCCUCCGGCGCCCCCGAAACCGGACUACAGACACUGUCACACCGGUGUGCCCGGGGCGCCUGGCUACCAACAAACAAGCUCCGGGGCCACCUUCCCCAGUCCCGCUCAGCCGGACAUCCUCGCUGCUUACAAACUCCAAAAAGAGCUGGACUUCGAGGAUCCGUACACUCCCGGUGGAAAUGUCCCAUUUGCCUCGAGCUUGAACAAUGUGGUGUCGCCGGAUAUCAAGUAUGUGUCACCAAAACACCGACUUAUCAAGGUGGAAACAAUCGAAAAGGGCAGCCCAGCUCCAGGCGGCGGUGUCACAGUCACCCAAGCUGUUGCUGUGGGGAGCGUUAAAUCUCCCACUUCACCUCCCUCGGACCACGACAACAAGGAGAAGCUCAUUAUCCUUGAAGACUAUGCGGACCCUUUCGAUGCUGAGCAGGCUGGUGGCACUCAGACCUGUGUGGAAAAAGUGACAACUGAGAAUGAUGGCUACAUGGAGCCAUAUGAGGCCCAGAAGAUGAUGGCAGAAAUACGAUCUGGUGGACGAGGAACAAAGGAAGGAUCAGGGAGGCAGCUGCCCCUUUACGACACGCCGUAUGAGCCAGCUGAGAAUGGUGGAGACCCGGACCCCGAGCGCUUGCUCUGCCCCAGAGAAAGCCGACUGCCCCAGGAUGACGAGCGACCGCCUGAGGAGUAUGACCAGCCCUGGGAGUGGAAGAAAGAGAGGAUUUCCAAAGCCUUUGCAGCUCUGCUUUGUUAUGACUGCAUUAGCUACGAGGGUUCUGUAAGUGGCACUGGAUCAGGUCCCCACAGAAGAAAGGACUGCACCUCUAAAUCCCUCACAGUCCAGUUUGAUGGUGUGGAGAAGUCUCGGAUGUCGCCUACUAAGGAGGGGAAAACCCGCCCGCUGCAGCGACACUCCAGUGGCUGUCUGGUCAACACCAAAAUGACCUCACUGGACCACUGCAGCUCUCUCGGGGAGCGUAUUGACCCCACCAUGCCCCUGGAGAGCCAGUUCUGGUACCAUGGAGCGAUCAGCCGAACAGAUGCAGAGUCUCUGCUCAGGCUGUGUAAGGAGGCCAGCUACCUGGUGAGAAACAGCGAGACCAGCAAGAAUGACUACUCCCUCUCCCUUAAGAGCAGCCAGGGCUUCAUGCACAUGAAGCUGUCGCGCACCAAGGAGAACAAGUACAUCCUGGGCCAGAACAGCUGCCCUUUUGACAGCGUGCCUGAGAUCAUCCAUUUCUACUCCAGCCGCAAGCUGCCCAUCAAGGGUGCGGAACACAUGUCCCUGCUCUACCCUGUAGCCAUCAGGACACUAUAGUACACUGAGUUCCCUGCAGGCGUUGGCCCCCGCAGUACUCACUGGGCCACCCUGUGGCUCCACACUUCCUGUCCAUCUGGGCAGAGCCCAGUAAGCUCAUGGGAAGAUGAACAGUGGCGUCCCAAAACUGCUGAUCCUGACUCACCUCACUGGCCAACAGAUUCCAGACCUGUUUUGAAGGCCUACUGCAUACUAGCUUACACAUACAGACUCAAUGUUGCAGAAGUCUUGACUAUUUUAUUUUAUUUUAUUUAUGACACCCACUUCAUUGCUUCAUAGACUGACCGUCUGAUGAACACCAUUUCAUUAAUUGUUGAGCUGAUUUCCCUUAGCACUUAACACGCAAAAAAAAGAAAGGUACAACAUUGUAACAUUUGUCACUGGGACGUACCUUUUAUCGUAAAAUGUUGUACCUUUUUAGUAAGUCUGUUUGACUUUGCUCAUUUGGUUAGGCUCUGUUGAGAACUGUAAUCGUUUGUGAGGGGACUUGAAGAUUGUAAAAGCCGUGUAAGGGAAGCAACAUUUAUGAGGCAUGUUGCGGGAUAUUGUCCACAUGGGCCCCAUACAGUGGCCAGGAUAUUGAAUAAACUGGCCUUGGAUGAAUGGUGUGUCCCCAGCUGCGUGGAAAUAACAGGCAUGUGAACAGUGCAGACUGAUCUCUCUAUCUUGUCAUAGUGCUUGCUGUCUGUUAUCCAUCACUGAGUGGGUGUCUCACGUCAAUGACAGUGUAAGUACCGUAGUGGUGAGACAGGCAGGAGAGCAUGAUGGAUGGGUCAACCCAUCCGACACAGUACAAUUGGCGGAGGCUGGAGACCAGAGCCUGUCCAAUUGGACCAAAUUAGCCCCACUACCCCUGCUUAGAAUGGCUUUGCAUCAGGGAGAAUGAAAUAUGCCUGCAUUGUCUACCUCAGAAAAUCAAUUUCAUUCACCCAUCUGCAGAUCAAUAGGUACAAUGGGAUUGCAGACAUUGAUCUGCCCUCCCUUCGACAUUCCCAAUUCCCUUAAAAUUGCAUCACCAGUCGUAGGAAGAUGUUUUGUUUUUUUUACAGUUUUAUCCAAGAUUUUUUUUAUGAAAACCCGCAGAUUUUCCAGAUCAGCAAUUGUAUGUAUAGUCACUAAUAUGAUACUGUGUGAUGUCAGUAACAAAUGUUUGGUUAAUGCCUUAUAAUGCAUGGGUCAAAUCAGUCCACUAGAUCCGCUGAUUUCCAAUUCUGCUUUUAACGAUUGUUCUGUGACUGUAAUUUAUUCUGGGGUAAUUAUUCCUGAUGUGUUACUCCUUUGUGCUGGCUGUCGGCCCCCUCUCCCUCAUUGUUCUGUGCCGAUGUGAUCGUGUUAUUUGGGACUACUCCAGCCUCUUUUACUGUGGUGCUUUGCAUUUUUGUUGUUUCAAGUUCCGCUAAAUGCACGUUUGCCUCGGUGGCCUGACUCUGCGUCUGUCAAGAAAGACGAUCGCAUACACCCCCCGGACCAAUCACAGCGCAGCCUGUUUGAACCAUGUAAACAUCUACCUUCAACCAGCCUGAUGUGCAUACAUGUGUGAAUGUGAGUGAGUAUGUGUCCAGCACGUUGGUGUGUACAGUAUAUGUAUGCACAUGAGAAUGUGUGCACAGACUUUCUGACUUCUAGUGUGUGUUUUACCCAGCUGUGGUACAAACUGUUGACAGCCUUUGCUUGAAACUUUAAACCUCUUUGGUUGUCAACGCUUUAUUUCCCCUCUCCCCUAAGUCAAGAAACUAGAAUUCAGCUUCACUGCUCACUAAUUUUCAGUUUUCUUGUAUUCACUCAUAAACCACAUUUGAUUUUAGCAGCUCAUCGGAAUGACAGAUCUGUCUUGUGGCCUGCUCUCUGCAGUUUAUUGUAUAAGACCCAGUAAUAUUUCAGCCCACAGCAUAUAUAUUGCUGACCAAUUACAGCACGAAGAAGCUGAUUUUUCAACAGUAUCCACACCAUGAACUAAUGAGAGGGCCCAAAGCUUAUGCUCAAACUGCCUCUUCAGAUGAAACCUUUGUUAUCAGUUGCAAAAUGAUGUGGUUUAAUGAGCAAAUCCAAGUAAAAAUGGAAAUUUUGCAGGGCUUUGGUCCAAGCUGAAAAUGACUGACACUAGAAAUUAGAAACUGAUUUUAGCGAGCAUGACCACUAUAUAUGCAAAGUCAAAUACAUUUUGGCUUUGACUAUAUCUCUGCUGUGUGCUAUGCAACUAUGAACUGCAGUCAUUGAAGGGAAAAUGAUUGGAGUGUGUUCCUCCACCAAGUGUUUAUGACAAAUGUGGUGGUACAAAAUGCCCACCAGGAAGAGAUGUAAUCAGCAGAAUGACAUCAUUAGUAAAGAGUAGUUUGCAGAAAGUGGGAUGUAUACAGAAAUUUAUUUUGUUGGUGCAGUAAGUGAGAAGACAGAUGUUGCCGUCAUCAGAUAAGUAUGUCAUAUGAGGGGGUCUGUUCAUGUGAUAAGGCGUCCUCUGCAGCUUUAUUAAGGAAUAGUAUGUUGUCGAAGUGGACCUAUGUAUUUCCUUGAGAGAAGAUAUCCUAAGAAGAAAUGCAAAUGAAAUAAACUUUGUUUUAUGUAUCCUUUAUGUUCCGAAUGUUCCCUUAUUAAGAGAUCAAACAUUGACAGUAGAGGCUCUUUAUUUAGUUACCGCUGCUGAUGAGUAUUACUCUACUAUAGGAAAGAGCCUGUGUGUGAUGGCCGCACUGCCUAGAGAGAGGCCUUAGCUUUGGAGAAAGGGAAAAUGAGAAGAAGGGGGAGACAGAGGGGAUGGUCUUCUGAAGGGAGGGGGGCGGGGGUUGCUGCAAUAAGCAGGCACACUCUCCACAUUCGUAUAUUUCUCUUAUGAGGACCUGACAGAGCCCUUCUCCUCCCUCUGAAGUGUCUUAAAGUGCAUGUACACACAAUUGUGCAUACAUGAAACAGUGUUUGUGUGUGUGUGUGUGUGUGUGUGUGUGUGUGUAGUGUGUGUGUGUACUGGUGUAAGGAACCAUCAGCCAUUGACUUUCCCCCGCGUGUAUCUUGUGUAUCACUUUACUGUGGUAAAGUGACAUGUAUGAGUUUCCUUUGUGUACAUUUUCGUCCCAUGUAUGUAUGCACUACUAUAACAUAUCUCUGUACAGUCCCUCAUGGCCAAAUGUAUAUACUGAAUGUAUUGUAUGGGGACAUCAAGGUUCAAAAUAAAUAAAAUUGGGUUUAUGAA